UAAUCCUUAUCACUGUACUCGUAGCCAAACACACGAGUACAUCCCCCACGUCAAUUCACAUUUCGUUUCACUGCAAACGAUAAGCACCAAAACGACGCAGCAUAGAACCGCCUUAUUCUUCAACGCCGGAACGAGAUGCAGAUCCUUCACAUCCCAUGCUUAGAAGACAACUACGCCUACAUGAUUAUUGAUGAGGCAACAAAAGAAGCAGCAGUAGUGGACCCAGUGGAGCCUCACAGUAUUCUUCGGGUUGCUCAAGAAAAUGGAGUUGACCUUAAGCUUGUCCUCACUACUCACCAUCACUGGGAUCAUGCUGGUGGCAAUGAGAAGUUAAGGCAGAUGGUGCCUGAUAUCAAGGUUUAUGGAGGUUCUAUUGAUAAUGUACAGGGAUGCACUAAUAAAGUUGAAAAUGGUGACAAAAUAUCACUCGGGGCUGAAAUCAACAUAUUGUGUCUUCACACACCCUGUCAUACAAAAGGUCAUAUUAGUUACUACCUCACGGGUAAAGAAGGAGAGGAUCCUGCUGUCUUCACAGGAGACACAAUGUUCAUUGCUGGUUGUGGUAAGUUUUUUGAAGGCACUGCGGAACAGAUGUAUCACUCGCUAUGUGUGACCUUGGGUUCUUUACCAAAGCCAACUCGAGUUUUUUGUGGUCACGAGUACACGGUGAAGAACUUGCUAUUUUCUUCGAUAGUGGAACCCGAUAAUGUGAGGAUAUCCCAAAAAUUAUCAUGGGCUCAGCAGAAGAGAGCAAAGGGGCUUCCUACUAUUCCCUCAACUAUUGAGGAAGAACUGGAAACUAACCCGUUCAUGCGUGUUGAUCUACCAGAGGUUCAGGAGAAGGUAGGAUGCAAGUCUCCAGUGGAAGCCAUCAGGGAGAUAAGAAAGAGAAAGGAUGAAUGGAGGGGUUGAACUGUUACGGUACGUCUGGGUAUGGCUGUUUGGAUAACACUUGGAAAGUAUUAAAAAGGAAAAAUAUUUUAAAAUCUUGUUCUACUGUCCAGUAUGUCUAUGGAACAUCAACAUGUACUAAAUGUUGCAAAAUGUGUUGUGCAGUUUUUAUUUCAUGGAGGUUAACAGUAAUGUAAACUGGAAGCAUUUCUUGUAAAUGUUUGCUUAUCUUUCUGUUGGAAUAUGGAAAUACUAAAGUCACAUUGUGGUCAAUUCUUUCCAUUUU